GAAACUACUCACAAGGUUGCUGAAAACACUUCGACAACCCACGACCGGUUUCGCCCUUCUUGGGGCUCAUCAGGUAAGCGUGGUCCCCGAGUUUCCGUCGACCUCAUGUCCUACUUGAACCCAAAUUGGACUGUUUUCGAGAAAUACACUCAUUUGCAAAUCAAUUUGAUCUUUCGAUUAUCUCGGCGACAUGGACAAAGUGGUUGGAGCGCGGAUUUACUGACCGGAAGGUCCGUGGUUCGAACCCGACUUCCGCCUCUCGACUUCCCCUGUCUAGGCUCGGGCGACCCGGCAGCCGCCUCAUGUUACAGUUGGCACGAUAUUCGAGAUAUCGCAGUAUAUUUUCAUAAAGGAAACUACUCACAAAAUCUUCGAAGUGUUUUCAGCAACCUUGAUUUAGGGGAUUUUUUGGCCCAAGUGGUUAGAGCGCACUUUACUGACCGCAAGGUCCGUGGUUCGAAUCCGACCUCCGCCACUCGACUUCCCCUGUCUAGGCUUGGGCAACCUGGCAGUAACCCAGCCCUCGUGCUUCCUUCGGGUGGCAUGGCAGCUAGGCACCGGAAGGGUGUUACAGCUACCUAUCUACCUAUCUCAAAGGACAAUUUCUACGUUGAGCUAAACGGGAUGACCAAGUGUACAGUCAACCGCGAGAUCCUGAAGGACAUUGGCCAGGUCCAACUGCGCGUGGGUCUCACUCCACCCCGCACUGACUAUGUCACCUCCAUUGGUGAGGAAACGUUUACACUCCAACUGCCAAGCUCGGCAAACAAACCAACAACCAGUCGGCGCACCCGAGCUACCUAUAAUCCACAAAAUCACCAUUUCGUAUCCUCUACACGUGAACCUACAUACCGAUGA